UAAAUGAGGGGAGUGAGGAGAGUAAUGCGUUAAUGGGGAGGAGUUGGAGGGAGGUCGAUGACGUGUGAAGGAUAUUUUGAUAAUUUUGCACAUGUGUAGGUAGAAAUUUGUAACAGUAUUGCAAUUGAUUGAAUCAUGCGUCCAUGGUAAAGGGAUGUACGGGUCACUGACUGUUCGAAUGCCGUGCACAGAUGACUGCACUGCAACAGCUGGCAAUCUAAACCACGGUUUCGAGCCGCUUGAUUGCCAAUCGCCCGAUGGAAGCGCCCCAGUAAGGCCUCUUUCAGGAUACAGUGCUCAUACGCGUUUGGAACGUGACGGUGACAUCGGGUUUCUAAGUACGGAGAAGCUGUUCCACGCGCGAACAGGCGGCGUCCAGCUCCUGCUGUGGAGGAACGUGGACGUCCUCGAAUAUCAUUCCCAUGACUUCCACAUGUCUGUUGUUCGGCAGCUCAGUCAAGAACUCAAGACUCUUACUGUCGCCAAAUUCGCCAAAGGAAUCUGUCUGGUGGGUAUACCAAAUGCUUUUCCUUCCUUGGUAUCCAUACGUAGCAAGCUGCAUGGGAGGAGCCAGGUCUCGGAACGGAUUCGCCGACAGACGUGAAGAAGAUUCAUUCCCGAACAAUUUUUCACGUCGUCACGGGGAAAGCUGCGGGGUGAAAUGCAGAGAUCUCCGGUGAAAACGUAUGCGUAGAUCUUGUUUCGAAUUUCACCGGGGAGACGGAGUAGUGGAGCUGUCUCUACGUUACGCUCAGGUUCU